UGCUUAUUACAAUUAAUUUAAAUAAGUGAUGCUGUAAAUUAUGCUCUAUUCAUUUUUUCCUUUCCUUGGAUCUUUCUUGAAACUUCUUUUCUUGUUGAUUUCUAUGUUAUUUACAGAAACGUUGCUGCUUAUCCUUGUUUCUGUGGAUUUAUAGCUCUAAUUAGCAAUUUUUUUAAUUAUGUUAGAGUCAAUUUCUGAUUUUUCUUUUAAAAAACUUAAUUCUUAAAAAAUAUCAAGAAUUAUCCAAGUAAAUGAGCUAUAACUAAGCAACACUCAGCAAAUGAGUUUGAAUUAGUCUGUUGUCAUUGAUAUUGAGUUGCAGAGAUGUUAAUUAAGCUAAUCUUUGAGCUUUUUCACUCUGCAUGAAUUUAUUUUUGUUUAAAUUCGACUUUCAAUUGGAAAACGUCAUUACUCUUGAUAUUAUUCACUUACAUAUCAUUUUUAUCACGUUUUUAAUCACUUUAGAUUACUGUAAACACCGUAGUUUAGUGUAAUUAACAAAAUUUCUGAUUUGUUUACAUUCAAUGUUUUGAAAUUUUUAAACUACUGGAAACUGCUAUAAUUCAAAAAUUUAAAAUAAAAAUGUUCGAUACAAAACUACUAGAAAUUAUGGCAAGACCCAGAUUAAACCAGAUUAAACUAGCUAUAAUUGAUAUAACAGCUGUAAUUGAUAACAGGUUGACUGACAGUAAACCAUAGUCCGUUGAAAAACUUCACAUGAAUAUUGAGCAACUAAAAUGUAUAGAAAUGGACGAAAAGGAUUAUAAAUCACUCAUACUCAUUGCUGGACUUGAUAAGUUCUACAAUACAAUGAAUACGCUGUGUGUAGAGGCUAUUUCUAAAUUUGGAAGUUCCAACUUUCGGUUUUUAAAUGGAAUCUCAUUAAUAUUAGGGAAUAGGCUACAGGAAGGAAUAAGGGAACUAAACAACUUAGUAAAUGAUUUGGAUGUAGGAAUUGGAAGCAUUUUGGCAUUGAUUUAUGGCCACAAGAAAUCUACAAUGGUCGAUAAAGAUGCUGUUGCCAAUUUGGAGCAAAAAAUCAAAGAAGAACGAAAAAGGAUUAAUGCAAAUUCAGCAUAUUUUGCGUCAUUAUUUCUAUUUUUAUGUGGAAAAUAUGAUAAAGCUAAGGAGUAUGCUGAAAAAACAAUAAAAUUUCAUUCCGAUCAUACAGAUUCUCUCGUUCUCAAGGGAUACUGUCUGCUUCAAAUGAAUCAAAAGAACAGAGUGACACUUGAGCUUUUUGAACGUGCCACAAAUAUUUCUGAAUCCAUUUGUGCAACCUUAGGACAAGUUAGAUAUCAUCAGCAAAAUAAUGAUUUCGAGAAAGCUAUAUCCAUUCUUAAUCGUCUUUCUGUCAAAUAUCCACAAUUGAAUAUGCCUUUGGUGGAGAAGAUGAAGACAUACUUAGCAAGUUGGGAUUAUGAACAGGCUUUUGAAACUGCUUACCGCAUUCUUAACAUAGAGCCACAAAAUAUUGAAGCAUUAAGGAUUAAAACUAUUGUGAUGUUGUGUCGUGAUGGAAAAGUUGAAGAAUCUUCUGAAGUAUUAAAUACCCUUUAUAAAGCACUUGAGAAGUUAGAACCUAGCAACAGUGAAAUUUAUUAUGAAAUAGCACAAUUGUUUUCGCGAUGUUGUGGACGAAACAUUAAAAUUUUGGCUGAAACGUAUCGGUUUGCUGAAAAAUCUAAUAUUUUGGCACCGACCAAUUCAAAUUAUUUGACUGAACUUGGCUUUGAAUGCAUUUUGUUAAAGCAAGUCAAGAAUGCGGUAAAAUUCUUUCGCAAUGCUACUAAAAUUGAUGAUAAUUCAAUACAGGCACUAUGUGGCUUGACAAUGUGUCAAUUACUUGAUUCAGGAUAUUCAACACAAGUCAGUCAACAAAUUGAGUUUCUCUCUGAAAUUCAAGGAAAUAAUAACAAGAGCCCACUGUUGCUGCUUCUUUCUGCAAAAAUCUCACCUGACAAACCUAAGCACGCGAUAUCAUUUCUAGUUGAAGCCAGUGAAAUUCAUUUCAAAAAUUUAAAGACAUUAUCCUUUGGAUGUGAGUACCUUCGCAUCUUUGAUCCUGAUUUCCUUCUCCAACUAUGCAAAGAACUUCUUCAGUACUGUCCAAUUCAGCAAAGUAUAACUAUGAAGUCAUCAAUGCCUCGAGAAAGUCUACAUAUUUCAUUAAAGAACAGCAUGAACAUACUAGAAGCUAUUGUUAAAGCAGUUCCUGGAUCGUGUGAAGCUUUAUAUCUUCUAGCACGAGUUCAAUUUUUAAGUGGUGAAACUGGUUCCUCUGCAAUGUCACUACAAAAAAUUCUACAAGAAAUAGAUCCUACAUUUACACCAGCACAUCUGCUCAUUGCACAAAUUCACAUACAGCAAAAUAAUCACCAAAGAGCAUCACAGAGUUUGGAGAUUUGUCUAAGUCACGACUUCAAGAUACGUGACAAUCCACUUUACCAUUUAAUUUGUGGAAUUGUUCAGAAAAGUCAACAGAAAUAUGAAGACUGCCUGAAAAGUUUCAAGAUGGCAAUGACACUGUGUGGAUACUACAAUAUUUCAAAUGCCGAUGACACUUCAAAUAAAUCAAAAAACAAUCCAGACAAAAGUUCACUUGGACUAGCAGAUUUGGUUUCAUUAUUCCUAGAAAUGAUCAACACAUACAUUUUGAUGAAUGAAACGACAGAAGCUUCAAAGUUAAUGCAAUUUGCAAUGAAGGAAUUUGAGAAUACGCCUGAAGCUGGGAGGGUUGUAAUUGCAAAUGCUGAUUUAUAUCUAUCUCAAGGAAAUGUAUCAAAAUCAUUGGAAUUACUGUCGAACAUAAAAUCCGGUCAAACUUAUUAUCUUCAGGCAAAAACCAAAAUGGCACACAUUUAUUUGGUCAAUAAAAAGGAUAGAUUAUCAUUUGCUCAAUGCUUUAAGGAGCUUGUUCAUAAUAAUCCUGGACCAGACAGUUUUAUUAUGCUUGGCGAUGCUUAUAUGUCUAUUCAAGAGCCUGACGAAGCAGUUGAGGCUUAUCGACAAGCAGUUUUACAAGAUCCUAAUGACCCAUCGUUGGCAGCAAAGCUUGGCAGAGCGUACGUAAAAACUCAUCAGUAUAAAAAGGCUAUAUUGUAUUAUAAGGAUGCAAUAAUGGCACCUGAAAACUAUCAAUUGAAAUUGGAUCUUGCAGAAUUGUAUUUGAAAUUGAAGCAAUUCACCAAUGCAGAACAGAUAAUACUUGAAGAUAUUGAAACUAAUCAAAGACAUGAUGAUGACCUGGGCAAGCUACAGACGAGAACAAAAUUGCUUCUUUUGUUAGCAAGAGUACGCGAAAAGAGUGGGAAUAUUAAUUCAUCUCUCUCAACAUUAAAGGAAGCACGUGACAACCAGCACAGAAUACAACAUCGUUUGAGUCUCGAUCAAAAUGCAAAUGUACGUGAACAACAUAAAAUUCUAUCUAAAAUAUGUGCAUUGAUGGCAGAACAAUCGAUUAUGAUUCGUGAUACGGAUCAAGCAAUUUUGCAUUAUAAGGAAGCCAUAAGGUAUUCACCACAAGAGACAACUCAACAGGCUGCUCUUGCAAAACUCUUCAUGCAACUUAAUCGAAUGCAAGAAUGUCAAUCAAUGUGUGCUGUAAUAUUGGAUAAUGAUCCGAGUAAUGAAACAGCUCAAAUAAUGAUGGCUGACUUAUCGUUCCGUAAAAUUGAUUUUGAGAAUGCAGCAUAUCACUUUUCCCAAUUAAUAUUGAAUAAACCAACUUAUUGGACUGCACUUGCACGCUUAAUUGAAGUUAUGAGACGAUCGGGAUGCUUAACAGAUGUUUCUACAUUUAUGGAACGUGCUGAAGAAUCUGCUGAAAGCCAAAUGGAUGCUGGAUUAAAUUAUUGUAAGGGAUUAUACGAUUGGUAUACGUGCAAUCCCAAUGCAGCAUUAAGGUUCUUCAAUAAUUGCCGUCGUGACUCUGAAUGGGGAAAACAAGGUGUAUUCAACAUGAUUGAAAUAUGUCUUAAUCCUGACAAUGACUUACCAUCCGAAUUGGAAAUAAACGAAACCCCAGAAGAUAUCGAUAUAAAUAAUUCCAGACAAAUAGCAUUAAAGACUGCUGAACGAUUGUUGAAAGAACUCAAGCCCAAAACAUACAACUCGCUUGAUAAUGAAGCAUUAAAUCAUAAAUUACUUGAGAAUUUUCUACUGCUGGCUACACGCCAGAAAGCUAAUAUAGAGAAAGCUCUCAAUAAUUUCAAUAGCAUAGCAAGUCAAGAUGAGUUUAAGGACAAUAUUGGUGUAAUUUAUGGCAUGGCUGCAUGUUAUGUUAUGUUGAAGCAAGGACAACGAGCCAAAAAUCAGUUGAAACGUAUAAGCAAGAAUUUAUGGACAUUUGAGGAUGCUGAGUAUUUAGAGAGAUCAUGGUUGCUCCUUGCUGACAUUUAUAUCCAAGCCAGCAAGUAUGAUAUUGCAUCUGACUUGCUACAAAAAGUAUUGAAGCAUAAUAAAUCGUGCUCUAAAGCUUAUGAACUUUGUGGCAGCAUAGCUGAAAAGGAACAAAGUUACAAAUCUGCUGCUAUGCAUUAUGAUCAGGCAUGGAAAUUUUCUGGCAAACAACGACCAGGCAUCGCACACAAAUUGGCUUAUAAUAAUAUGAAAUCUAAACGAUAUGCUGAUGCGAUUGACGUGUGUCAACAAGUCCUCAAAAUUUUCCCCGACUAUACGACUGUACGAGACAUUUUCGAAAAAUGUCGAAACAAUUUAAAGGCAUAAAAUGUGAUUAUAUGUUGAUAUGUCCUUACUUAUGUACUCUUUUAUUAUCCGUCCAAAUUAAAGCACUGAAUACUAUUUUUAUGUAGAUUUAU